CCUGCGGACCAGAAGCGAAAACGCGGUCGUCCCUCGAACGCGUCCAAAGGAGCGCAGAAGGCAAACGGGGAAGCCGGGGCUGAAGAAGGAUCCAGCCCAAAUGACAAAGCCAAGAAGAAACGCGGCAGACCGCCGAAGGUCGCAGAGGCGCCUACUGAAGAUGCGACAGAGUCUGAAUUGGCCACGAAGAAGAAACGAGGACGUCCAUCUCUGAACAAAGAAUCUGUCGCAAAGGAGCCUAUCGAAGUCGCCAAGGACGAGCCCGCGCCUAAAAAACGAGGGCGAAAACCUAAGGAAAGGUCUGGCGACGCGGAAGAGCCGGUCCCCGAGGAAGUGGCCGAGGUUGAACCAGCGCCUAAAAGGAAACGCGGACGGCCAUCUUUGGGCGAGGAACAUGUCACAAAGGAUGUUGCUGAGACGGCCGAUAAAGGACUCGCGCCUAAAAAACGUGAGCGCAAACUGAAGGCCGUAAUGGAGGCUGAGGGCCCUCCGGCGGAAGAGGAACCUGCCGCCGGAAAGAAGAAGCGCGGUCGCCCUGCGAUUCAUCCCGGGCUGGAAGUCCAGGAGGCAUCGCAGUCGGAGCUAAAGGGGGUCCGCAGGCGGAAAGGGAGGCCGCCAUCCCCAACAGAAGAGGCAGCGGCAGUGAAGCCGACAAAGAAACGGCGGAAGCGGUCCUCUCAAGGUGAGGAAGAGGUUCCAGAACCAUCUCCGGAAACACAACGCCGCCGUCCGGGUCGUUCCCGAACCUCAGACGCAGCAUCAUCCACACAUGCCCCUGAAGACCAGGCCUCCAAGCCUCGCAAGUCCAAGAAGCGCCCGGCAGGAGACAACGACGCAACGGACCCAGUACCGGCAAAGAAACGCCGCCGCCGAACAUCUGAGGAGAUCCGACAGCAGCAGCAGCAGCAGCAGCAGCAGCAACAGCCCAGGGCUGAACCAGGAACGGUCCGUCCAACCCUGAAGUACCGUCACAUCGCUCCCCGCGCCCGCCAAAUCCCCCGCUCGACGAUCGAGGAGAACUGGUCACCCCUCGCGCCGCAAUCCCUCGCCCACGUCUCCAGCCUCCUCCGCCUCUCCGAGCGCCCCGUCCUGCAACGCCUCGCUGCCAACGAGAAACGCCGCGACCAGGCCGCCUCGGCCAUCCGCCUCGUCACGAGACGCCUCACAAAGAAGCUUUCCCGCGGCCUCCCCUUCCCCCCGGCCACCGCCCCUCCCACGGGAUCCAGAAGCUCAAAGAAGCAUGACGCUGACGGUGGCCGCACGGAGGAGCUCAACUUCGAGCGUGUCAUCGAGAAUGUCGCCGCGCUGGAGAAGCAGCUCGACCCGCUGCUGCACGCCAUCAAGCUCCUCAAGGCCGAGAAGGAGCGCGAUGAGAGGGCGCUGGAGGCAGACUACGAAAGCCUCACAACGCUCGAGGCCAACGCAAGGUCUGAGGCCAGGAACUUCAAGGACAACCUCCGCAAGACGCACGUCCUCGUCCCCGAGAAAAGGGGGACUGCAGGGACCGCCGGCCGCGACGCCGGCGGGAACGAGCACGACUUCAAGUUCGACCUCGAAGACGACGAGCUGCGCGGACUGGCGGGCCAGGUCGGCAGCCACAUGGAGAGCAUGCGCAACAACUUGCAGCAGAUCGACGGAGUAUUGCCGCAGAUCGUCCGGACCAGGGCCGCCCUGCAGAACGUCCUGUUCAAACAGCUCGAUCAGCAGAACUACGAAAACGUCCUGUUUGGCUAG